GUCAACAAGUUCUCUCAUUUUCAAGAGGGCAAGUUUAAUGUUUGUUUUGGCGUCGUAAAUUUUGAAAAAGUCAAUCUGGCGGACUUUCUAUAGGUCGCUCUUCCUGUGUUCCGAUGACGUAACCCACCACUUCCGGUGACAUGAGGACGACGGCUUCAUAUGAAAAAUGCUAGAAAGAAAACAGGAAAAACCAUUUGCGGGAACACUGGAAACUUAAUACAAUUUCCACAUUUGUUUUUUUUUAAUCGGUACUUGCGUUCGAGGGGAAUUAUCGACGUAAAUUGGUCCGGUCACGUGGCGUUUUAGCUUACACAGAUCACAUUUUUAGAGUUUAUUGUUCAUCGGCUCCUUCCCCGCUUCCUCCUAUACACUGUUUAGCUUAGCUAGCUAGCAUUAGCUAAGUAUUGGUGUACUUGCCGUCACAUUGUACGCGUAUUCUUAGUCCGAGUUUAGGAAAGCGCGCUCUAAAUUUGUUCGUUUACUCUUGGAGCGACAAUAGUUGGAUGAGAAUGGCAACGUCGGCGCUCUACGCCUGUACAAAGUGUAACCAGCGGUAUCCUUUCGAGGAGCUGUCGCAAGGCCAGCAACUCUGCAAGGAGUGUCGCAUCGCUCACCCGAUAGUGAAGUGCACAUACUGCAGAUCUGAGUUCCAGCAGGAAAGUAAAACAAAUACUAUCUGCAAGAAAUGUGCCCAGAACGUCAAACAGUUUGGAACGCCCAAACCGUGUCAGUACUGUAACAUUAUUGCAGCGUUUAUUGGGACAAAGUGUCAACGCUGUACGAAUUCGGAAAAGAAAUACGGGCCACCUCAAACUUGUGAACAGUGCAAACAGCAAUGUGCCUUUGACCGCAAAGAGGAAGGCAGGCGAAAGGUGGAUGGAAAACUGCUGUGCUGGCUGUGCACUCUGUCCUACCGCCGUGUUCUGCAGAAAACCAAGGAACAAAGGAAAGGCUUUGGUUCCUCCAAUGCCUCGUCCCUUAACGAGAAGGACCAUCACUCAAGGCAGCACCAUCACCAACAAAGACACAGCAGUUCUCACCACAAGCUGAGUGGGAGCUUGAGUCCGGAGCAGGAGCAGGGAUUGUGGAAACAGAGCCAUAAAUCGUCUUCAAUUCAAAAAGAGACUCCAAAGAAGAAACCAAAACUCGAGAUGAAGCCAUCAAACGGUGACAGUAGUUCCAUCACCCAGUCCAUGGAUUCUGGAGGAACGGACAACUUCAUUCUCAUCAGCCAACUGAAAGAAGAGGUCAUGUCACUAAAAAGAAUGGUGCAACAGAGGGACCAGACCAUUCUCGACAAGGAACGAAAGUUAACAGAGCUGAAAGCUGACUUUCAGUAUCAGGAAUCCAGCAUGAGAGUCAAGAUGAACCAAAUGGAGAAGGCGCACAAAGAGGCCAUUGAGCAGCAGCAGGCGAAGAACAGAGAGCUGAUGAAACAAGUAGCCGCGCUGUCCAAAGGAAAAAAGUUUGACCGGACGGGAAGUUCACUCCUGCUGCCCUAACAAUUUGCCGACCAGCGGGCGCUAACACAGAGCGACUUCAUUUUCCAACUGUGAAAGUCUCCCUCCGUGUUUCCUCUUUGGAACCGUGUUGUCUCACGUGGAAACGAAGACCAAGCAAAAUCUCUCCGUAUUUUUGGGGUGACUUUUUUCCUUACCGGGCUGUAGAAACUGCAACUUGUAUGUGGGUUGCAACAGGUUUAUUAGCACUGCCAGUUGAAACGAAAGCGCGGCGUCAACAAAUCCGCCAGAUUUUACAUGGGUGUCACCCGCUAUUUAUUCAACUGAAUAUCUUUGACACAAAACCUCUUUUUGUCCCUCACACAUACUAUGAGAAUAUCUCACAUCUGGGGGUUUUCUUCAAGAGCUAGUACUUAUAUUUUUCUAAAUGAUUGUUGGAAGACUUUGAGUUGUGACUGCGCAGCUUUACAAUGUAUGCAAAUAUGAGGAGGUUGACCACUGAGCUGCUGCUAAUAACUUAGGCGACACUCAGUCACGAAACAAUCAGCAAAUAUGUCGAAACUCUUCCGGAUGGAAAACUCUUGGCAGUGUGACAGCCAAAGUGCUUUGCUGUUUUAACUUCAGUGGAAUGAUUGUAAUUCUGCAUGAUUUUACCAUCAGUUUUCGGACUUCUUAAUUGCUCAUGUUCAUUUUUUUCUUUUUAGAGAAACACUUUUAAAUGUAUUACAUUGGGGUCAAACGUUGUAUAUUUAAACUCUUGCUUGUAUCUGUUUUAGUGAGUACAGUAUGUGUAUGGUGAAGCCAGUUUUAAUGGUCAUUUAUAGAGGACACUUUUUUAAAGAAACACUCCUUUCACACGUCAUUGGGCUGGUUUCAUACUGUGCGGUCAAAAAAUUUGUUUUGUUUUGUAUUUUUACCCAAACCAAGUGUUUUAAAAAAUAUUAAAACUGGCUAAAUUGCUGACUGCUUCU